CUGCUCUCUGAGCUUGGUGUUUGGACAGCUCUGCUAUUCUCAGUGGAGUCAAGAUUACAAAAAGGACAACUUUUAUCUCUAGUUCCUAGUCAGCUCGCUGCUUUCUGCUGUUUUUCAGAAAACCAGGAAUUGAAGAUCAUGUCUGGGAAGCCCAUACUUCAUUACUUCAAUGGAAGAGGCAGAAUGGAAUCAGUGCGCUGGCUCUUGGCAGCUGCUGGAGUCGAGUUUGAAGAAAAGAUAUUAAAAUCAGCUGAAGAUUUUGAAAAUUUAGUUAAGGGUGGAAACCUGAUGUAUCAACAAGUGCCAAUGGUUGAAAUUGAUGGACUGAACCUGGUACAAACCAGAGCCAUCCUGAAGUAUAUAGCUGCCAAAUACAACUUGUAUGGGAAGGACCUGAAGGAGAAAGCUCUGAUUGACAUGUAUGUGGAAGGGAUGAGAGAUCUGAAUGAAAUGAUCAUGUACUACCCACUGUGUUAUCCUGGAGAAGAGGAAAAGAACCUCAACUUCAUCCUGGAGAGAGCCACUGAAAGAUUCUUCCCAGUGUAUGAGAAGGCUUUAAAAAGUCAUGGGAAAAAUUAUCUUGUUGGCAACCAGAUGAGCUGGGCAGAUAUACAGCUGUUUGAAGCCAUCCUAAUGGUUGAAGAAUUAAAGUCGGAUAUUCUCUCUGCAUUCCCUAAACUGCAGGAGUUCAAAGCUAGAAUGAGCAAACUCCCCAGCAUUCAGAAAUUCCUUCAGCCUGGCAGUCAAAGAAAAGCAAAAAUGGAUGGCAAAAAUCUUGCAGAGGCAAAGAAGAUAUUCAAGUUUGAUGAUUCUGUGUUUCUUAAACACAUGAGCUGAAUAUUCAGAAAGAGUUCUAAGUAAUGCAAUGUUUCAAUUUCCAUCUAUAGUCAUAAUACUUGGAAGUGGUCCUGAGACAUUCCUUGGUUGAAUAACCAGCAGACCUGAUGCCUCCCUGUAGACCUUUUUAUAAAUUGGAAAAGCUAAUAAUAAAUCAGAAAAAUUAAAACAUUGUUUAUUAUAAAACUUCA